AUUUUCCCAACAGCUAUAAUAGCUAUAGAGUAGUGCGUUUAGCUGUGAGUUCUACUUGGUAUACUUGUGAGAGCUAGCUAGGUAUAAAGCUGAGGCCCAGCUAUAGCUUGAUUGCGUGAUUCUAAGGAGCCAUUGGGAUAUCCAGCCAUUGUGUCAUGUAUGAUGUGCCAGACCCGGAAUGUCAGGCGUGGCUGCAACAAUACCACCAAGACACAUCGGCCCAUAUCAAUACACCACCUACCAUAUACUGUAGUAGGUUUGCAGUAUUAUCAACCAGCAUACACUGGCUACUGCGGGAAGCGGUUCACUCACUCGGAGGAAGCAACACCUUAGGAUACACAAUGGACAGUAGGACAGAAGAAUGGUACUUUUUCUACUGGUGCUCAUUCUACUGCCAUUCUACUGUCCACUCUACUGCCAUUGUGCUCAUUCUACUGCCAUUUUACUACACAUUGUACUAUGUGUGCUAGUCUCA